CCUUUAAAUGAGAUUCCCCUGCCCGGCACAGGGAAUAGUUUUGUGAUAAAUGUCAGGGGAAGGUUUCACAACCUUCUCAUUGGCUCACAAGUCAGAGACCCCGUCAUAUAAAGGGAGUGCGCUCGACGUAGGAGCCUUUUCCCGCUGGCAAGUGUUUGGGAUCACAACUCACCUGCCUUUUACGCACGGGCUGUUUGGAGAGGCAGCAGAGGAGCGCACGGCGGCGAUCUUCUUUUUUUUUUCUUUCUCGAGGGAAACGAGUUGUUCGGCCAACAGAAAAUCUGAGCUGAGGCAUCUGAGUGGGAAUGUGGCUACUGGAGAAGCUCCGCAGCUCUGUGGAGAGUGGGACUCAUUCCCGAACCCCGCAGACGGCAGAGGCCAUUCCAGUCUCUGUUUAUGCCAAUGUCCUCACCCCGGAAAAGAUCCCUGAUUUCUUCAUCCCACCUAAACUUAUCUGUUGUCCACCAGAAGAGACCCUUCCCACCGAACAUCAGCUCUGCUCCUCCCUGAGACCCUCCUCCUCCGAUCAUGCCAUCUGCAGCCAGAGCCCCAGAGCUCGGAGCAGCAAGAACCCCUGCAGCCCUCGCUGCUUUUCCCGCCUGGGGGGAGAUGCACGCAACCUUCAGAAGUCAGCCAACCGUCACAUCAUCCAAAUAGAGAGUGCUGACGAGCCAGGAGCCGGCUCUGGGGACAGCAUCAGUGCUGAACACAACACAAAUGCAGACCCCCAGUCACAGACUGCGAUGUCUCUGCCGUACGUCCCCAAGGCCCAGACCUCCUAUGGCUUCUCCACCCUGGUGGAGUCCCCUCACACCCGACGCAAGGAGAGCCUGUUCCACAGUGACCCCGGCAGCCCGCUCACCUCCCCGAACUCACAGAGGCGCUCCCAGGGGGGGGCCUUACUGGCCCCUGCUGACCCCAACCCCUACCGCUAUUUUAGUGGUGGAGAGAGUGACACCUGCUCCUCAGCAGAGUCGUCCCCUUUUACCUCCCCUCUCCUUUCCCGCUCUGCCUCUCUCUUACGCUCCAUCUCCAAGGAGACACAAGCUAAGGUGUCUCGUGCCAAGCGCUCCCUGGUGCGCCACAGUUCUCUCUCCACCGACGACUGCAGCUCAGCAGACAACAGCCCCAACAUGCAGCGUCGCCGCAGGCGCUGCCCUCCCUCUCCUGCCUUUCGCGGAUGUAGAAGCAGUGGCUCGAAGGGCGCUGCGUCGCACCUCCUGCAGCGCGAGCACACUGUCAACCUCCACAAGGGGGGGACUCUGAGACUGAGCACUCACUACGACCCAGAGGCGUCUCGGCUGAGGGUGCGUGUGCUCGCAGCCGAGGCCCUUUAUGACAUGCACACAGAUGUCAAAAGCAUCAACUGCUGCGUCGCACUCUACCUGAACCCUGGCAAGCAGCAGAAACAGAGGAGCACCAUCAUCAAGAACAGCAGAAAUCCAGUGUUUAACGAGGACUUUUUUUUUGACGCACUGCCCCAGGCUAAAGUAAAGAGCCUGGCCAUGAAGAUAAAGGUAGUGAACAAAGGAACGAGUCUGAAGAGAGAUGUGCUUCUGGGUGAAAGGGAGGUGCUGCUCAGUGAGCUGCUGGAAGCCCUCUAGGGAGCUCCUGACAAGACUUAGGUGAAAACAAGCAGCUCGGCACCUUGAGGGCCCUUUCCUCUCUGGCUACCUUGUCAUCCCUCUUCACAGGUCUGAUAAAAACUGGACAGGCAAAGGCACACUGACGACAAGGGAGUUCAAUCUUGCACACUGUGUUCUGUACAUCAAUUGACACAAAAAAGAGGGCUCUGUAGAAUUAAGUCAGGAGUCAGUCCAAGUCAAACAAACCACCAUUAUUUACAUGUUUACCUGUACAUUAGCAACGUGAACAAUGGAUCCAUGUUUGUGUAUUUCUCUUUAAGUAUUGACUUACAAAAGGUGUUGCCUUCUCUGGUGAGCAUUGUGAUAUUGGCUGUAAUGCAAUGAUGAUCCUGUAUCAGCUGGGGCUGUGUUUUUGUAAUAAUGCAGUGAAAUUGCAUGUGAGUGUUUGCACACUCCUGUGGAAAUUAAUAAAGCCUCCGUGGACUUGGCAGAAUUUAUAUCUGGGAAUUCAAUUUUAAUUGAUUGUGGAUGUGACUGCCGUUAUGUGAUAUGCUUUUGAACUCAUGAAUAAAAACACUAAACUCACA